GCAGAGAACGUUGGUUCGCUUUGCUUAGUAUAGUUGACGAUCUGUUUUUGUAGUGACGGUGAGCGCGAGGAAAUUUUUCGUGUAUCGCGUGCACUAUUAUGCUCUAAAUGUGUUAUGAAGUAACGAACAUCAAUCGCGUUGGGAUCGAAUUGUGCGAUUACGAUUUUUUAUAUUUUUCUGUGUGUUGAUGCGAUUCAUCAAUUAAUUUGUUAAAUAUUUUUAUUCUGUUUCGUUUAUGUAUUAAAUUUAUGUAGUUCGUAUUCGUCGAGAUAAAUCUUUCAAUAUAACGUUGUUCUAAAUGUAUCGUAAUAGUGACGGUUUUGUUAUUUGAUUUUUACCUCCGAUUAUCAUUAUCGGAUUAAAUUCGAUCGUUUUCGAAAAAAGUGUUUUAUUUAUUGAUUUUUUUUUGAAAUUGUUGUUGAUUGUUGCCGAGAAUCGUUGGCUGAAUGUAAGCCAGUGUGUCGUAUCGGUGGAUAAAUCGUCGAAUCACGAUCGAGAUCGAGCAUUCGUCUUAACAGUAUGUAUUUUUCACAAGCGGGUCAGCUGGGGCCACCUCAGCACCACAUAACCAGCCAUCAUCCGGCGCUCACGCAGACGCCCACGUCGCAGCAAGGUCCGCAUCACCAUCACGGUACGACUCCGAAUAAUAACAAUGUAAAUAGCAAAAAUCAGAACACGGAUAGGGUGAAAAGGCCGAUGAACGCGUUCAUGGUAUGGAGCCGAGGUCAACGCCGAAAGAUGGCUCAAGAGAACCCAAAAAUGCACAAUUCCGAGAUCUCUAAACGUUUAGGCGCCGAAUGGAAAUUGCUCAACGAACAAGAGAAAAGGCCGUUCAUAGACGAAGCGAAACGAUUACGUGCCGUACACAUGAAAGAGCAUCCAGAUUACAAAUACAGGCCGAGAAGAAAAACGAAAACGUUGCUGAAAAAAGACAAAUAUCCAUUAGGUACCGGUUCUCUGUUAUCGCAAACGAAUCCGGCCGGCGAGCCGAGAAUAAACGCGUCGUCAGCGGGCACUUGCCAAGUAGUCGGUAGAGAUGCCGGUAUGUACCAUCAUCAGAUGUCCAACGGGUAUCUGCCCAACGGCUACGUUAUGCAUCAUGACGCCGCCAGCAGCUACCAGCAGCAUCACGCCGCCGCAGCCUACAAUACCCAUCUGUCUGCGGCCAGCGCCGGAUACAGAUACGAAAUGCCUCCGCAAAUGCAUGCCAAUUUAGCGUCCAGUAAUUAUAUUAACGGUGUUACCUAUCCUGGUGGUAUGUAUUCUUCACCUUCAGAAAUGGCUCAUUUAUCCGUAAAUCCAGGAUCUCCUUAUCAUAGUCAAUUGGCAGGACCGCCUCAUAGUCCUCAGAGCGGCUCUAGCGUCAAGUCCGAGCCCGUGUCGCCCGGCUCGACCGGCGUUCAUACUCCUACACCGACAAAUACCAAAAUUUACAAUUCCGGACCGCCAUCGGCCGUCACCAAUUCCAGCGGCGAUAUUAAAAGUAUGAUCAAUGUAUACCUUCCACCUGCUGCCGAUCAAUCCUAUGCCCCACAUCCCCUAGUAUGGAAUCAAUGUUGAUUGUUGAAUUUUUCAGUUUUUUCUCUUUUUAUUUUUUUUCUCUUCUUUUUCUUUUUUUUCCUUUUUUUUUAAAUUUUACUUCAUUAAGUUUACAAGAAAAGAACAUUGUGUAAAUAUUAAUAUACGUAAUUCUUUUUUCGAA